UUUCCGAAAAUAAUGGAAAGAUCGGGACAGUCUACAUUGCGGUCAUCACAGUGUCUGGCAUCGCAAUUUCUUUCAUUUUGUGCGCUGCCUUUCUCUGUUUCUCAUUUCGACAACGGAAAGCACAAUGCGAACAAAACUCUCACCUAGAAAUGGUGACGACCCCCUCGGAUGAAAAUAAUCCCGCUAGCUCAGCCGUUCAGGCGGUCAAUUUUGAUAUGCAGCUUCGUUGUGCCGUCACGGAACUUAAUCCAAAUUACGACUUCAUUACUGCCAAAUAUCCAGAACAGCAGCUGAGGGAGAUUCCGAGAAAUAAACUGAAAUUGAUACGACUACUUGGGCAAGGCGCCUUUGGAGAAGUGUACGAAGGGACAUUGAAAAACAUGUGUGCUAACGUCAGUGAAUUAUCAGUUGCAGUGAAAACGCUGCCAGCAUUAAGUACCCAACAGGCGGAAACAGAUUUUAUGAUGGAAGCUGUGAUAAUAAGCAAGUUUAUGCACAAGAACGUUGUAAAGUGCCUAGGGGUUUGCUUUGAAGAACACCCUAGGUACAUCAUUCUAGAACUCCUAGAAGGGGGCGAUCUUAAAACAUUCCUCAGGGACUCUAGGCCAAAAACGGACCAACAUUACUCCCUGAGUAUGAAGGAACUCGUCCAUCUUUCGUUAGACGUCGCUAACGGAUGUCGCCAUCUAGAAGAAAAACACUUCGUACACAGAGACAUAGCGGCAAGAAACUGCUUGUUAACAACACGUGGAGAAGGUCGUAUUGCAAAAAUAGCAGACUUCGGGAUGUCUAGAGAUAUCUACAGUGCCGACUACUAUCGAAAAAGUGGAAAGACAAUGCUUCCGAUAAAAUGGAUGCCUCCCGAGGCUUUUCUGGAUGGCGUUUUCACCACAAAAACUGAUGUUUGGUCAUUCGGUGUUUUGCUGUGGGAGAUGUUUACAUUGGGAUACAUGCCAUAUCCUGGGCAAACGAACAGUGAUGUCAUGCAUUUUGUAUCGUCUGGUGGCCGCCUGGAACCGCCAGAGAAAUGCCCAGCUCGACUAAACAAGAUCAUGAUUCUCUGUUGGAACUCUAUAGCCGAUAUUCGACCGACGUUUUCAGAAAUAAUUGAGCUUUUGGAUAUGUGCCUUCAGGAUGACGAGGUGCUGAACGCUCCCGUGGGACUCUGUCACUUUGCGAUGGCGGAAAGUUUCAAAGACGCUUCAACGUUGGCCAAGUCAUCUUCAUACGACGCAGACAAUCAGGAGAUCGAUAAUACGCUUCAUUCCCCAUCCCCGUCAUCCGCAGCUGAGUUCAGGCCUCAUUUCGAGUCACAAAGUCGAGAACCGUUGUUACUGGCUUCUCCAGACCAGUAG